UUCGACAUGGAAUAUGGUAAUAGAUCAAACAACCCUUCUGGAGCCUCAAUGAUAAACCGGAAGUUGACAUUAUAAAUCAAUAAUAGAUUAUCUUCUCUUGAAUUGUCAUUUCGCUGCUGACCAUGACAUCAUCGAGAAUAAAAGGACAAUAAUAACAGAGAAAAUAGCACGAAAAUGAGUUGAGACAUGGCUUACAGAACAGUGGAAAGGGAAGCAAGUUUUGCCUUUGGAUCCACCUCCUCUUGUCUUGAUGGUGUUCCAUUUACCAUAAGUUCUCAGUUUCAGGUACCAAAUAAGGUUAGGUUACAGGCAGAUUUUCUGAAAAGUCCAAAACAUGCAAGGGAAGAGUAUAACUUUGAGAUUGAAGAAGGUGUUAUGAAAUGGGCAGAAGAAAGGGAAAGAGCAAUUGAGAGAGAACGUCAAAUACAAGCACAAAAACGACUCGAGGAAGAGAUCCAAGCUGGGAAAGUUAACAGUGGCCCUAUAAGAAUAACACAGGAAGAAUCCGAUUCUGAACCAGAAGAUGAAUGGCUGAAAAGUAAAUCUCAGAACUCAAGUAACCCAGCUGGAGGUCCACAGAAUACAGCACGUGAAAAACCUAAACCUCCCCCUCGGCCUCCUCAACCUAGAGGUCCUGUGAUAGGUAAUGGUAUACUAACACCAAUUCCUAUCUCCGCAGCAAACCAUGAUAAAACAGUGUCAGGACCUAGUAAACCUGUGGAUGUUACCCUGUUUGAAACAGAGGAUAAUCCUUUUGAUAUGUUUGAGAGACAGACUUUGAAUGAUUUAGAGGAGUUGAAAAAUGUGUUCCAAUGUACAAAUCAAACCACUAGUGUAACUAGUACCGAACCAGUAAAUAAUACACAACAAACCUUGGGAAAUACAAACUCACAAUUCAGUGGAAAUGGACAAACUACUGUGACAGGGAAUUCACAAAUGCCUGGAGAUAAUUACGAGAAUGUUCAUUAUAGUAACGGUCAAGGUCCUGGUGGAACAUGUGUUUCUAGAGGUGCUAAUAUAAACAAUGCAUUUAGCAGUAGUCCUGAACCUACUGAUCAGAAUGGAGAUUAUGUUACACUGAAAACCGAAUCUGAGCAGCCAAAUAAAUCAUCCCAAAUGGACUUGAAUAAUCUACCCCCAGUUCCCCCUCGAAGAUUUUUAGUCAGCAACGAUCCCCUCCCACCUAUAAACUAUCAAAGUGAUAGAAGUGCAAUAGCUAAUCAACCCCUACAACAAAUGACUGCCAAUGGUACAAAUUAUGGAAAUUUUAAUUCUGCGGAACCUAAUCCAUUUGCAUUAGAUACAUUUACAAACGCUCAAGCUACUGAAUAUGAAAACACAAGUAGACCUUACUUCAAACCAUUAGAUACUGAUAUUCCUAGUUAUGAAAAUAUAGACAUUCAAAGUGAAAGAGUUGUGUUUAGUAAGAAAAGUGAAUCUUCUCUUUCACAUGAGUCAUUAUUAAAGACUGCAUCGAAAACAAAUGCAUCUAGUUAUGUAAAUGUUGCUCCCGCAGCGCCAUUAAAUGACAGUUCUAUACGAAAUGCCAAAAGUACACCGGAUAUUGUCAAAACCGUGAAUGGUGUAGAAAAUUCUAGUGAAGUGUUUGAUAGAGCGCCGUUUCCACUGUCAAAAUCUCCACCAUACAGACCCUCAUCACAACAGGAUCUUAUAAAACAAAAUUUAUAUGUGGACUUGCCAUCAUGGAACAAAUACUCUCCCCUUCCUUCCCCGUCAGGAGCAUCAAACAACAGUAGUAGUGACUUUGCUAGUCCAUCCGAGGUGGAUCCAUAUCUUAAACUCACCACUGAGCAUCAGGGGGUUGUCAAUAAUCUAGUCGGUAUGGGAUUCUCUCGACCAAGAGUUGCUCGCGCUGUUGAACAUUUUGGCAGUGAUGAUAAAGAGAUUGUAGAUCAUUUAUUCAAUGUUGACAAGAUGAAUGAAGCUGGUUACGAUACUUACCAAAGUGAAUUGGCAUUAGUUCUGCAUAAAAAUGAUAAACAAAAGGCAGAGGCAUACUUAAAGAUAUUCAAACAGUUCCAGGAGUUGGGAUUUAGUGGUGAUAGAAUAAAAGAAGCAUUAGUCAAGUUUGAGAAUGAUGGUGACAAGGCUCUGGACUUUCUUACCACUUAAACAUUGUUGUGAAACAAAUUACCUAUGUGAUAUGAGGCAUAAUUGAUAUUUUUGACAGUAUUUGUAAAUGAGUGAAAGCAUACAAACAUAUGGAAGUAAGCACUGUAAUCUAGAAUUGUACUUACAACCAGAUGAAGCUAAAAUAGUGUCAGUAUUUAUAACUUUUUUUUAUAAAGUUUGAUACCUAAAACCUUGCUGAGUAACCGUUUAUGGUAUUUCAUUUCCAACCGCAAAACAUGCAUUAACAAGGGUAUUUCACAAAUUAAAACCUUAUAUUUUUAUACUAUUUCACUCAUUUCAUAGAAACAAUAACUAAAAUUUGUAUAAAUUAAUGAUUAAUUUGUACAUUUUAUAAUUGAGAAUAUUUUAUAAUUGUUUAAAAUUUGCUAUCAAUCCUCUGUAGUCAGAGUCUAAAACUUAAGAAGACUGAUUUUGUUGUUUCUUCUUCAAAAUGGGCAUACACCUGUUUUGAGGAGAUUCCUGACUAUUGCUGUAAAUCAGUCCUGUUUGCCAGCCAGGAAAAAACAUCUUGCUUCAAAAUUCAAUGACAUAAAUAGAUUCAAGAAUCAGAAAUUUAGUUUUUAAAAAGGCUAUAUUUCUAGAAUAGCCCUGUCAUCAGUGACAGAAAACAUGUAUAUUAGCUACAUAACUGUGAUCUUAAUUUAUUUCAUUUGUAUGUAUUGUUUUAUUUGUUGAAGAAUCCAUUUAUGUUAUAAGUAUGUUUUAAUGUUAUGUAUAUGAAAAUUAAAACAGGAUGGGGUACCUGUUGUGAAAUUUGCCUUUUGCAUUUACACAUCAUGAUAUGAAUGAACCACAUUGUUAUAGUAUAGAUUAAGCUAAUGUGCUAAGGGGAUUAAGAAUUUUAUUGUUGAACAGCUUUAGUAUUUUUUUUAAACUGGUAAUUUAAAAAGCAUUAAGUUUAUAAAAUCUGAUUUGGUCAUUUGCCUACCAUCAAAUUGUAAUGUCAACCAAAUUUUCUGAAUUUUGACUAUUGUUAUACUUCCCAGUGCAUUUGCUACUGAUGUUGUGAAAUGUAGCCUUUAAUGAUGACUUGUCUUUUGGAAAGAAAGCAGAAAUAUGGUUCCUUUUAAAAAAUUUCCCCAAAUAUAUCUCCACCCUUUUAUAGUAAUAUACCUUGAAAAAUACAUAUUAUGAUACCAAAGUUUUGGAUUAUUCUGUAUUGCUAGAUUUUUUUUUAAGCAAGGAUGUCUCUUAACAUGUUGAAAUUACAGAAAACUCAAUAUUAACCUUGUCUAAAUUUAAUUCUUUGUGAGACCAACAUUUCGAUAGUCAAAUAUCACUUUUUAAAAAAAGUAUAUGUAUAUGAAGUUAUGGCUAUGAUAUAGUUACUGUUGUCAUCACCAUGUGAUAAAAGCGCUUUCAAACAGAUACUUGUAUACAGUAUAUUGUAUUCAUUAAUUCAAAAGCUUGUGCUGUAUAAUAUAUGUAUUCAAUUUGGACAAUAUUGCAAUAGUCGUAUAUAAUGUUCAUGUGGGCUUUUUAUUUAACAGAAAUUUAUAUAACAACAAGUAAAAGUAGUAGCAUGAUACUUAUAAAUACAAUGCAAUUCAAAUUUUUAACAUAUCCAAACGAAAUAACUAUAUGAUAUUUCAUUAUAAAACCUUGCUUCUUUUAUGAUAUUGUGUUCAUAUUUUUUUAUUUAAGUGUCAGCUUAUUUUUUUUUACCAAUUUUGUUAAAAUUGUUAAAAGCAUAGACUGGUGAAGUAUAUGGUGUAAAAGUAUCUUGUGUGUUAUUGUCAAAUCAUCUAAUGAUGUUGUUGUUCCUGGAAACCAAUUAAUAUAUCUGACAAUGGGUCCUAGUGUAUUAAGCCAGGACAUGUUACAAAUAAACUUAUAUGUAUGACAA